AUGAAUCCAAGAGUUGGAGUCGCAGUCUUCGUCACAAACCCCGAGGGCAAAUUUGUCCUGGGAAAAAGAAAGGGAAGCCAUGGAGCUGGGACGUGGGCCCUCCCAGGCGGCCAUCUUGAAUUUGGCGAGUCUUUUGAGACUUGCGCCGCGCGAGAACUUCUCGAGGAAACUGGUCUGGAUGUGAUCAAUUUGGAAUUCAUGACUGCUACGAACGAUGUCAUGGAGUCCGAAGGAAAACAUUACAUCACUAUCUUCCUCAAAGGCGUCGUCAGCGACCCUGUCGCUCAGCCGCAGAUCUUGGAGCCGGAGAAAUGCGAGGCGUGGCAAUGGACUUCGUGGGAUGAGCUUGAAGCCAAUGCUGAUGCACAGAUACAGGGGGGUCUAGAUUUCAAGGGACCAGUGCUGUUUUCCCCUAUCGUCGCGCUGUUUCAGCAACGGCCCGAUGUUCGUCUUUGA